AUGCUUGCAGCUAUAAUUCUCAUUUCUGAGAUAGAAUUUGACGAGGAUAAAAGAGGAGUUGCUCAAAUAGUGGAUACUGCAACAUUUGCACAUGUGGCUAUACUACUUAACCUUGAUAAAAUCACAUUCGGCGAGGCGCUCAUAACCAGCAAGCGUAAAAUCCAAGACGAUUAUGUUGCAACACAUAAAACAGUGAAACAAGCAAAUGAUGGUCGUGAUGCACUGGCUAAAAUGUUAUAUGAAAGAAUGUUUGGCUGGCUGGUUAGAAUGAUAAACCAGAAUCUUCAUCCAAACAGACUCGGAUCAAGUACAGAUGCGAGCAUCGGGAUAUUAGAUAUUGCCGGGUUCGAGAAACUAAAGAACAAUAGCUUUGAACAACUAUGUAUAAAUCUGGUCAACGAGAAGUUACAAAGCUUCAUGAAUAGGAAGAUCUUUACGAUGGAGUUAGAAAUAUACAAAGAGGAGGGAAUUCAGUUGGAUGGAAUAAAUUUUAAAAACAAUGACGAAUUAUUGGCUAUGUUUGAAACGCCAAAAUCUGGUGUGUUGGCAAUUCUGGAUGAGAACUCCAAUACCCAGCAUGCAUCAGAUAUAGGAUUCGUCCAACAGUUGCAAAGAAAGUUUGGCAAGCAUGAACUGUUCGAACAACCGCCGGGAGACAGACCGAUUUUCUGCAUACAACACUUCGCUACUUCGGUUUCGUACAAUGCAAAAGGCUUUCUAGAGAAAAAUCGUGACAGAUUGAACGAGGAACUGGUUCAAGUGAUGCGAGAGAGUUCAGAUGAAUUCAUAGCUGACCUGUUCAACAUAAAAAGGGGACCAACUGGAACUAUUUCAAUGGAUCCAAGUUUCCAGUUUCGGACUUCGGGUCGAGGAGUUCCAGGUAAGCCGAAACCCCUAACACCAACGCCACAAGGAGCUUCUCUAGCGGCAGAACUCGGUAAAAGUCUUACGAAAAAGUUCGGAACCGUACAGAGACCAUCUGAAAUGACACAAAUCACGCCAGGAAAGAAACAUGCAACGCUUGUUUCCUUUCUCCAGAACUCACUGAUGCAGCUAUUAGAGAAACUUGGUGACGGAGAUCCAUUCUUCGUAAGGUGUAUAAAAGCCAACUCGAACCUUAGGGCAGGCGACUUUGACGAAGCAGUUGUAAUGGAUCAGCUUCGAUACAACGGUUUAGCUGAAAUAGCAAAGAUCAAAAAGAUGGAUUUUGCAGUUAGGAAGCUAUACUGCGAUUUCGUUAACAGGUACCGUGGUUUAUUUCCAUUACCUCCGUUAGAACGACAGUCAGACGUUAACCAAAGCCUUCUUCUUCUAGUCCCAUCAGCCUAUCAUAGAGACUUCAGAUGUGGCAAAACAAGGGUAUUUAUGACUAGCGCAUUGAAUGACUGGUUUGAGCGUAUAUUGCGAUGUCGUCAGAAGACUGCUGCUCAGACAGUCACGAGAUGUAUGCGUAAAGUAGCAGAAAUCAAGAAAGAGGAAAGACGUCAAGAGGCCGAGAGGAAACGACCGGAGGAAAUAGAAAGACGCCGGAAAGAGGAGGAAAGACGUAAGAAGGAAAUGUCCCAGACAGAUGGUCUUAAAUCGACACUGAAAAGCACAUCAAAGAAGCCAUUAGGUGCUUCAUCUAGGCAUGUAACAUGGACAAAUGGAGGUAUUGACCCAUCUUCGUCUGGAUCAUCGUUGUCCUCGUCAUCACCCGGAGGUUAUGACAUUGCAUCGCCGCCUUAUUCUGUAUGUUGA